AUGUCAUUCUUUGGUGAGGAUAUUGUAAAGUUAAACAAAUUCAAAGAAAGACUGAGUCAUGAGAAUGACGGUAUAUAUAUGGAUGAUGAAGAUGAUCCUUCCAUCGAUCCUUCAGAGUACUCUAGAUAUAAACAGUUGGUAGAGUUGGGUGUUAUCAAUAUGGAUGGUUUAGAAUCGACUUCAUCUUUAUCGAUUGUGCAAGAUGAAGAUGAUGGUGAAGCUGAGCGUAUAAGAAUAGAGGCCGAACGACAAGCCGAAAGACAAAGAAAGAUGGAAGAGGAAUUGCAGCGUGAAUUUGAGAGAUUGGCUGCCGAAGAGAAGGCAAAUGGCGAUGGUGUAAGUGAAGAGGAGUUGGCUGAAGAACAAAGAAGAAAGGAUGAAGAAUCACGUAGAAGAGUACAGGAAAGGCAGAGAAAGAUGGUUGCCAAAAAGAGAUCACCAGAGGAAGAGGAGAAAGAACGACAAAGACUACAGAAACAAAAGGAAAGAGAUGAAGAGCGUGCCAAAAUGAAACAACAAAUGAAAGCAAACCCUGCACCUACUCAAAGAGAUGUAGAGAUGGUCACUGACAAAGUUGACGAAGAAGUACAACAACAACAACAACAACAACAACCAGUGGCAGCAGUAGUUCAACAGCCAUCAGUAGCAGCAGCAGCAGCAGCAGUAGUUCAACAACAGGAUGUAGUUAUGGAUGAGAAUGAGAAUGAAGAUGAAGAAAAGAGAAUAGCUUUGGAAUUACAGAGACAAGCUGAAAGACAAAGAAAGAUGGAGGAGGAAUUACAACGUGAAUUUGAGAGAUUGGCUGCAGAGGAGAAGGCAAAUGGUGGUGGAAUUAGUGAAGAGGAGUUGGCUGAAGAACAAAGAAGAAAGGAUGAGGAGUCGCGACGAAGAGUACAAGAGAGACAGAAAAAGAUGGCUGCUGGCAAGAAGAAAACACCGGAGGAAGAGGAAAAGGAGAGACAAAGAUUACAGAAGCAGAAGGAACGUGAUGAAGAGCGUGCCAAAAUGAAACAACAAAUGAUGAGCAAUACAAAAAAGGUAGAGGAUGAGUUGGUAGUUGAGGAUUUACAACCAAUGGUGAGAUCUCAACCAACUGUAUCUGCACCAACACCUACACCUGCCCAACCUGUACAAAUACAACCAGUUCAAGAGGAAAUCAUUGGUGAAGACACUAACGAUGAAGAGAGAUUUGCAGCCGAAGCAAAGAGACAGGCUGAAAGACAGAGAAUGAUGGAGGAGGAGUUGCAACGCGAGUUUGAGAGAUUGGCUGCUGAGGAGAAGGCAAAUGGUGGUGGUGUAAGUGAAGAGGAGUUGGCUGAGGAACAAAGAAGAAAAGAUGAGGAAUCAAGAAGAAGAGUACAGGAGAGACAGAAAAAGAUGGCAGCUGGCAAGAAGAAAACUCCGGAGGAAGAGGAAAAAGAAAGACAAAGACUACAGAAGCAGAAGGAACGUGAUGAAGAGCGUGCCAAAAUGAAACAACAAAUGAUGGGUAAUAAAAAAGAGGUAUUGGAAGUUGAGGACUUACAACCAGCUCCAUUACAACAAAAUGUACAACAACAACAACAACAACAGCCUGCACAAGUCGAGGAUAUUCCACAGCAACAACCACCACAGCAACAAGAGAACGAAGGUGAUGAAGAGCAUAGAAUGUUGUUGGAGCAAAAGAAACAGGCUGAAAGACAGAGAAUGAUGGAGGAGGAAUUACAGCGUGAGUUUGAAAGAUUGGCUGCUGAAGAGAAGGCAAAUGGUGGUGGAAUGACUGAGGAGGAGUUGGCUGAAGAACAGAGACGAAAAGAUGAAGAGUCACGCAGAAGAGUACAAGAAAGACAGAGAAAGAUGGCUGCUGGUAAGAAAAAGACGCCUGAGGAAGAAGAGAAAGAACGACAACGUCUUGAGAAGCAAAAGGAAAGAGAUGAAGAGCGUGCCAGAAUGAAACAACAGAUGAUGGGGAAUAAGAAGAAAGAUGUUGAAGUUGAAGAGGCACCAGUUGUUCAACCUGAACCAACACCAAUAGCAGUACCAAUACCAACAGUAACAUUACAACAACAGCAACAGAGUGAUUUAGAUGAAGAGUUUGAAAGAGCAAACAGAGAAGCACAGAAACAAGCCGAAAGACAGAAAAUGAUGGAGGAAGAGUUGCAACGUGAAUUUGAGAGAUUGGCCGCAGAGGAAAAAGCAAAUGGUGGUGGUGUAAAUGAAGAGGAGCUGGCUGAAGAACAAAGAAGAAAAGAUGAAGAAUCACGAAGAAGAGUACAGGAGAGACAAAAGAAGGCUGCUGCCUCCUCAAAGUCAAAGUCACCAGAGGAAGAGGAAAAAGAACGACAAAGACUACAAAAACAAAAGGAAAGAGAUGAGGAACGUGCCAAAAUGAAACAACAAAUGGCCAAUGCAAAGAAAGUCAGUAGUAAUAGUACAGAGUCAUUUGAUAGUAAUGAAGAACAACAAGAUGAGAAACACCAACCUUCAAUACAAUCUCAACAACAACAACAGCCACAACAACAACCACCACAGCAAAAGUUACCAAUGCCACAAACAUCACAACCACAACCACAGCUGCAACAACAGCAACAGCCAUAUCAACCACAAUAUAAUCAACAACAACAACAACAACAACAACAAUCAAUGUAUAAUAAUAAUGGUAACAAUAACUAUAACAAUCCUACAUCGCCUACACAACAACAGUAUUUACCACAUGCACAAAUGUAUUAUCAGCAAUCACCACAUUCACCAUAUCAACAGCACACACAACAUCAUCCACCCUACUUUGUUCCACAACCAAACUUUUACCAAUCAAAUGCAUUUUACUCACAAGAGGAUGUCGAUAGAAUGAUUGAACAAGCAAGAAAAGAAAUAUUAAAACAAGCAUCAGAUGAGAGUGCAAUUCUAGCAAUUGAAUUUGAAGAUAUGGAAAUAAAGUAUGAAAAGGAGCUUAGAAACUGUAGUUCACUUAGAAGUGUUUUGGCACAAUACGAAUCGACCAUGAAGAAGAUGAUCGACCAACCAGCACCCGUACCACAAAACUCUGCUAAACUGACAGAGACACUGAUGGAGAACGAUCAUCUGCGCAAAGAGAGCAAAGAACUGAAAGAGAACAUUGCACAGCUCAAUAAAGAGUUGGCACUACAGCAAUCGCGGUUCAACGCACUCAAAGCGCAUGCCGAACAGAAACUAGACAGUGCAUCCGACCAGCUACUCAAACUUAAGGAGGUCGCAGCCAAGGAAGUUGCCGUACUCAACGCCAAACUAAACAAAUCCGAAACGAAAUUGGUCUCCAAAGAGAAAGAGAAUGAAGAACUAGCAAAAUUAUGUGAUGAAUUAAUUUUCAAACUACAAAAACAAUCUCAUUUAAGUUUAUAUGGUGCCACUCCAACUUCCGCCGGUAACUGA